GAAGAAGAAGAAGAAGAAGAAGAAGAAGAAGAAGAAGAAGAAGAAGAAGAAGAUAGCUACAGAAGUCGGCCACAGGAGACGGUCAGAGAAACAGCCGGAGUGAACGGCCAGAGGUGGUGGCUACGGGAGAUAGCUACGUGAGACGGCUGCAGAUGGAGUGGCAGAUGGAUCGGGCUGGCUACAGAUGUUGGUUGUAGGAGGAUGGAGGUGGACUGGGGGUUUGGAGAUGAAGGCCUGGCCCAAGGAGUACUACUGUAUCUGGAUGCUGCAGAGGAGCGGGUGGCCAACUGUAAGAGUGGGGACUGCUAGGUCACCACUAAAGGGUUCGCUGGGAACCGGAGGAUCGGUCGGACCAAGCCGGACGUGUGGAAACAGUAGAGGACCACGUCCCCCACAUCCCCCGUUUUGGGCCAGUUAAGACUCUGUGUUGUGUAUUGAUCAUUCCUCAGUAAUGUCUCCUUUUUAACUAGUUGUCUUUUAAAUAAAUUAUUGUAUCUUUUUAUCAGCUUGAUUGAGUCUAUGUGCACAAUCCUUGCAGGUUAUUUGUAUAAGAAAGAGAUUAAGCCUCUCAGGCAUUACACAGGGACUAAUGAGAUGCAAGACAUUAUUGGGUAAAACAAACAAAUAUGGCAGGACAGAGGAAAAGCAUUGGGAGUAAUAUCUGGAGUAUCAACUGAUUUGACGGAAGAAGAGAUUAAAGGUCAUGUGAAAGGAGCUCGGGUGAUUAAAGUGAAGCGCUUGUUUGUUACAAGGCUAGGAGUCAAAAGUCCUAGCAAGUCAGUUAUGUUAUUCAUAGAUGUGGAUAAAUUGUAAUGAUUGGGUAUGUCAGUUACACAAUAAGGCAAUACAUCCCUCCACCAACCAGGUGAUAUAAAUGUCAAAGGUUUGGACAUACUGCUGCAGCUUGCAGAGCUAAAACCAGGUGUGCCAAGUGUGGAGGUGAGCAUGAGUAUGGGAAAUGUUCUGAAGGAACUAAGUUAAAGUGUUGGAAUUGUGGCGGGAACAUAGUGCUGCAUUUAAAGCAUGUGGAGCUUAUAAAAGAGCAGUGCAGAUACAAAAUGUAUGAGUAAAGAAAAACGUUACCUAUGCAGAUGCAGUUAAAAAGGUAAGUGAUUUAAAUGUUAAUGCUAAAAGCAUUUCUGUGCCCCAAACUCAAACAACAGAGCAAAUGCAAAGCCAGAGAAUCCUAGGAAGUACAAUGAUUGUUGAGAAGAGGAAGUUUGUUGCAUUUAUUGUGGAAGUAAUAAAUUGUUCAGCACAGACAGAUAGUAGAACAGAGUGAAUUAAAAUAACAAUUAAAGCAGCAGAAAAAUACUUUGAGAUGGAAAACUUGUCUUUGGAGUCAAUCAGUGGAGUUUUAAAAAUGGGGAUAAAUGAAAGUCAACAAUCCAGAAAUGAUUUGAUGGUUUUAUCCAUAAUACAGUGGAAUGCUAGAAGCUUAAUUGCUAAUGGCCAAGAUUUUAAAUAUUUUAUUGAAAGACAGAAUGUUAAACCAAAUAUAGUCUGUAUUCAAGAAACCUGGUUAAAAGCUUCACUUGAUUUUAUUCUUAAUGGAUAUGUAGCAUUAUGUAAAGAUUGCUAUAUUUGUUCAGCAGGGUAUUAGUUAUAAAGUUUUGAACAUAAAUGAAGAAAUAGAAGUUAUAGGGGUUGAAGUAUGGAUUAGUAAAUCAAAGUUUAAUAUAAUUAAUUUUUAUAACCCUUGUAGUAAGAUAAGUAGAGAAAGACUUGAUAGUGUUUAUGUGAAGGAAGAUGAAAGAAAUAUUUUAUGUGGAGAUUUUAAUGCUCAUAAUACAUUAUGGGGAAGUAAAAGAACUGAUGAAAAUGGGAACGUAAUUGAGGAAUUUAUGGAUGAUUAUAAGCUAAUUUGUCUAAAUGAUGGAAGAGAUACUAGAUUUGAUGUAGGACAUGGAGCAGAAUCUGCAAUUGAUCUUACUAUAAUAUCAGAUCAGAUAGCAGGAAUUAGCCAAUGGGAAGUAAUUAAUGAAAACAACCUUGGAAGUGAUCAUUAUCCUAUUCUGCUUAAGUUGCAUAGUUUUAAGGUAGUAACUGAAGGAAAUAGGUAUCCUAAAUGGAGAAUGAGAGAGGCUAAUUGGGCAAUAAGAUGGCAAAUGAUAAACUUAUUGAGAUUAUGUCAAAUUUAAGCAAUAAUAUUGAAGAAUUAAAUAGUUAUAAAUAUAAUAUGUGAAUCUGCAGAAAAGACCAUUGGCAAAUCUACUGGAUUAAAGGAAAAUAAAAUGGUUCCUUGGUGGAUCAAUGAAUGUAAAGAAGCUAUAAAAGUUAGGAAUAAAGCAUUUAGAAUGUUAAAAUUAAAUCAUUCAUCUAAUAAUUUAGUAAUAUACAAAAAAGCACAGUCUAAAGUUAAGAGAAUAGUUAAAUUAUCUAAAAAGAAUUAUUGGAGGGUUUUUGAAGUACAACUGGAACAGAAGUUAAAGAAAACAAGAUCUGGGGAAUAAUUAGAAAGAUGGGAGGAAUCAGAAGGGAUUUUUCUUUAGCUAUAAUUAAAGAUAAUCAGUGUGAAGCUAUCACAAACAAGGAAAAAGCAGAGAUGUUUGCUAGAUCCUUUGUGGAGCUGCAUAGUUUAAAAAAUUGAUCAAAGGAAAAAUUAUUAUGGAGAUUGGAAAUGAUUGAAGAUAAUAGAGAGAUUUUAGGUGUUUUAGGUAAAGAUUUAACAUUGUUUGAAACAAAUAGAGCUUUGAUUGGAGUUAAGAAUUCAUCCCCAGGUAAAGAUGGCAUAUGCUAUAUGAUGAUUGAGCAGUUAUCGGAUGCUGCUAAAGGAGAAGUUGUAAAGUUAUACAAUAAAGUACGGGAACAAGGUGAAUUGCCCUCUAGUUGGAAACAUUCAGUCGUUGUACCAAUAGUAAAGCCAGGUGAGAAUGAAGUUGCGGUAAAAAGUAAUAGGCCUAUAGCUCUUACAUCUAAUUUAUGUAAAUUGAUGGAGAGAAUUAUAACUAAGAGAUUAAUGUAUGAAUUAGAAAAAAGGUUUUCUAUCUCCUUAUGAGAGUGAUUUCAGGAAGGACAACUAUAGAUCCAAUUGUUUGUUUAGAAAAUGAGAUAAGAAAGGUUCAGAUAAAUAAAUAAAUUCCCCUGUCUACAUUUUUUGAUAUUGAAAAUGUCAUGUUGGAUUUGAGUUUCUUUACCCACAUGCAGGUUCAGACAUUAGACUGGAAGAUUUUUGAUUCAAAGAUUUAUUCACAGUUAUUAUUGAAUGUAUUGAGCCUAAGUUGUCCUCUGGGAUCGGGAGUGGCUGGGCGGCUCAGGUACUGCUUGGAGAGGGGAGAGGUUAGUAGGAGCUGGAGUGAGAGGAUCUUGACAGGGAAAUGGAGGGAAAGGCUUACAGUUCAUUUGAUGUAGUAUUGCCGUGGAGGAGGUAGGAUUCGUUAGUGCAAAAGGCUCCGAGAAGGUUGCGGGGCUCGGGCGGCAGACGAGAGCGUUCAGUCCGGUUGGCAAUCAGUGUUUGCGUUCGGGUGGGCGUGGUUCCUAGCUGGGUCCAGACAGUACAUCCAAAAUCUGAGAAAAAAACACAAAGAUUGACUUAAUCCUUGGUCAACAUGAAGCUUGGCAAAACGUUGGGAUUGACUCUGACCAACAAGUGGGACCAUCGAGCGAUGAAUGGCUGCUCCACCGCUUCUUAAGAAUCCUGCAGCCGAUUUCAGAAAUCCGCUUCAGGUGCGUCAGCCUGCCAGAACGCUCCCACGAAGAUUGUCUAUUCGGAGGAGCACUUACACCAACUUGAAUCCUAACAGAAAAAGCGCACGACAUGCUUUGGAAGGAGGGUUUAUUAAUUAAGAUGGAUAAAAUGGGAAUAAAAGGAAAAAUGUUUAAUUGGAUUAAAGAUUUUUUAAAGAAUAGAACAAUAGAAAUAAGAGUUGGAGUAAAUGAUUCAAAUAUAUAUGCUAUACAAAAUGGAACUCCGCAAGGCAUUGCUUUUUAAUAUAAUGAUUCAUGAUAUUUUUGAUCAUACAUAUUUUAGAAUUAGUAAAGCUUUAUAUGCAGAUGAUGGAGCAGUAUGGGUCAGAGGAGGCAAUAUUAGUAUUUUAAAAAAUAGAAUGCAAUCAGCAAUUAAUAGGUUUGAAAGAUGGUCACAUGAAUGGGGGUUUCAUUUGUCUGUUAAGAAAACACAAAUAAUAAGUUUUUCAAAGAAAAGAGUUAAUCCUACAGUAGAUCUUAGAUUAUAUUAGCAAAAGUUAAAGCAGGUAAAUAUUGUAAGGUACCUUGGCAUAUGGUUUGAUGUAAAACUUUCAUUUAAGAUGCAUGUACAGAUGAUUAUUGAUAAAUGUAAAAAAGGCAUUAAUAUUUUGAGAUGUUUGUCAGGGAGUGAUUGGGGAGCAUCAAGCACAUCUUUGAAAAUAAUAUAUGAUGUUUUAAUUUGUUCUGUGUUGGAUUAUGGAUGUAUUGUUUAUAAGUCAGCUGCAAAUUCUUGAUUAGAUUUAGAUCAAAUCCAAGCUAAAGCCUCAGGAUCUGUUGUGGGGCUUUUAGAACGUCUCCAAUUCCUGCUCUCCAGGUCAUUACCGGAUAAAUGCCAUUAGACUGAAGGCGAAUGCAACUGUCAGCAAAUUAUUGGUUAAAUUUACAAUGGCAUGAAGAAAAUCACCCUACUAAACAAGUAUUCAGAGAAUGUUGGGAGUUUGGCCAUAAUAUAAGGUGUUUUGGAUGGGAAGGAAAUAUUUAUGCAGAUCAGUUGGGGACAAACAAUAUAGCAAGUUGUAAAUCUGUAAUUAAAUCUAAAAUUGCCCCAUGGUAAUUUGAAAAGGCCAAUAGUACAUUUAGAAACCAAAAAAAUAGAAUAGACAUGUGGAGGUUUAUAUCUAAUUAUUCAGCAUUAUUUAGAAAUAAUGUAUGGAAAUAUGAUACAGAUAUAUAUAUACAGAUGCAUCAAAAGAGGAAAAUGGUAAAACAGGAAUAGCAGUUUAUGUUCCGAAACAAAAAGUUAUCAUAAAAAGAAGAACAACAGAUAAUCCAUCAAUGUUUUCAGCAGAAAUGUUGGCAGUUAUUUUGGCAUUGCAGUGGCUGCUGGAGGUGAAGCCUAGUAAGGCAGAUAUAUGUUCAGAUUCAAUGUCUUGUUUAAUCAGUAUUAUAUGUGGAAAAUCUGAUAGCCGUCAAGAUCUUCUGGAUGAAGUUACUUAUUUGAUAUGUGCUAUAAAGCAACAACAAAUAAGUAUUUAAUUCACAUGGGUUCCAGCACAUAAAAUAAUUGCAGGUCAUGAAAAAGUAGAUAAAUUGGCUAAACAAGCAGUUAAGGAGAUAGAAAUUGAAUAUAAAGUCCCACUAAGUAGAACAGAAAUUAAAGUAAUUAUUAACGAUAAAAUAAAUAACAUGUGGCAGGAGAGAUGGAAUUUAGAAGAAAGAGGAAGGAAUUACAUAAAAUACAGAAGGAGGUCAUCCUGAAUAACAAUAAUGAAUAGGAGAGUUAAAAGUAUGGAUUAACAGGUUGAGGAUUGGGCAUACUAGUUUAAAAUUAAUAGGGAAUCAUCCAUCAGGUGAUUGUUCCUAUUGCGGGGAAACAGAAGGUGUAGAAAAUGUUGAUUUAUUGUAGGAAAUAUAUAAAAGAGAGGAAAGAAUUGGAAAGGGUGAUGGGGAGAUCAGUAAAUAUGGAUAAUUCAAGCACUUAUUAAAUAUGUAAAAGAUACACAAUUAGCAGAGAGGAUUUAGUUGGUAUGUUUGUGUGAGUGUAUAAGUAUGUAUAUAAUUUAGUUAUUUUAAGUUUUAAAGCUAAAUAAAUAAAAUGAAUUUAUGGAUUACAUCUCCGUCCAGUUGAUGGCGGUAAUGCACAAAGUUUGUAAACUACCAGAAAACGCUAUAGAAGAAGAACAAGAAAAAGAGGAAGACGAAGGAGGAGGACGAAGAAGAAGAAGCAGAAGAAAAAGAAGGAUGAGUUUCUCAAUACUUGACUCUCCAUCUCCCAACACCAUCCCUUCCCCAUUCCCUUCUCACUCCUGUGUGACGCACUGCCCUGAACUCGACCUGUCGAUCAGAUUGGCCCAGGCCCCAAACCCUGACCACAUGCAACAGAAGACCUGUCAGCUAAAGAAGAGUCAACACAGUGACCAACUCCAACAAAGGCCCCACCCACGAAGGCAGACUGAAAGGAAAAGGAACAUAAAGGUGUGUUUUGAAGAGCCAGAGGCUGUUAGAGUAGCACCAGAUCGAUGCAUUGUUCCUCAUCAGCACCAUCUUAGAGGACAGAGAGGGAGCUCAAAAUAUCGCCAUGUUGGAAGAUGUUCUAUGGAGCCUCCUGCUGCAGGACUUGACUGGACCCCAGGUUGUCUUGGCAAUGCAGAGCUGAAUUCCACUCUGCCCCUGAAGGUGGAGCUUCUGUCACUUCAGGAAAUGGAGUUUAAUUCCAAGAAAGCCCUUCAACAGACUCUGCUGAAAUCCAAAAGGACCAAGACUUUGAUCAAUGCCAGAGCAAUUGAAGUGGUGAAUGUUUCUCCCUCUCAACACCUCUUCAACUCUCUGGUGAGCGUCAGUGUGGAGGAGGAUGAGUUGCUAAGCCAGGUGCUGCAGGCCAAGCUCAUUUUAGCCCCACUGCCUUCCCAUCAUUACAAGUCAGCAGAGAGCCCCUCUCUCAACUUUUUUAUCACCUCUGAACUGUUCAGAAAGAAACCUCUCCAACAAGAAGAGGAGCCAGCCAAGUGUAAACCUUCCCCAAUGGCAAGCCCGGCACACUCUACCUUUGACCUCUACAGGAGACAGAGAUGCUGGGAGGCCAUACCCUGACAUACACAUUAGAGAUUUUCAUCUAUGAAUGUAACCUAUAUCUAUUCUUUAUGUUGUAUCACAAAGGGUUUGGCUUUAUAUUCACUCAUGCAUUUAGCCUCAAGGGCAACCACGUUUGAUGCUGUAUUUAUUUCUAAUAUUCUAUGUUGAAGGCUUUAAAAUUAGUUUUUGGAUUUCUCUGUGGGAAAAAGUCAUCAUUUAACCAAUUGUGGUGCUUGUAAAUUAUUUUUCUGAGAUCUAUUUAAUUGUUUUAUUUUCAGAUAAACAAGGUUCUGAAGGUC